AUGGGCAACCAGCUCACCCAGCCCUCCCGUCUGGCUGCGGCAGAGGCCGUGGCGGAGCUAGGGGGCAGCGUCACCUACAAGGACAGCCUGGGCGGCGGCCGCUUCUUCAAGAGCUCGCUAUGUGUUCAUGACGAUGGCGGCCUGGUGGUGGUUAAGGUGUAUGCCAAGCGCAGUGACACUCCCGAGCUGCGCCCCUAUCGUGAGCGGCUUCUGGGCAUGCGCGGCGCACUGGCGGGGCUGGACGACUCGCACGCCUGGCCGGUGCAGCGCGUGUACGAGAGCGAGCGUGCCGCUUUCCUGGUGCGGCAGUACCUCCACGCCAACCUGGCGCAGCGCAUAACCACACGCCCCUUUCUCACCCUCAUUGAGAAGCGCUGGAUUGCAUACCAGCUGCUGCUGGCGUUGGCACAGUGCCAUGAGCGCAGCGUGUGCCAUGGCGACAUUAAGGCCGAGAACGUGGCGCUGACCUCUUGGGACUGGGCCUUCCUGGUGGACUUUGCACCCUACAAGCCCACUCUGCUUCCUGCCGACAACCCCGCCGACUUCUCCUUCUUCUUCGACACCUCGGGCCGCCGCAAGUGCUGCCUGGCCCCCGAACGCUUUUAUGACCCCGCUGCCGGCAUCACGCCACAGCAGGCCGCUGAGGCGUCACUUACCCCUGCCAUGGACGUCUUCUCCCUGGGCUGCGUGCUGGCUGAGCUGUUCCUGGAUGGCCAGCCGUUGUUUGAUUAUUCCCGCCUGCUGGCCUAUCGGCUUGGCGGCGCCGCUGCUGCCGGGACGCUGGCGGCGCUGGACAAGGUCCACCCCAGCGUGCGCGGCAUGGUGGCCCAUAUGGUGCAGCGAGACCCUGCCAAGCGCCACUCUGUGCAGCAGUACCUGCAGGAGGCUCGCACAGCGGCGCUGCCGCCCUGGCUGGCUUCCACUAUCCACCCCUUCUUUGCCUCCAUGCUGCAUCUAGACACCGAUGCUCGGGUGGUGCUGGCCACCCAGGAGUAUGCGCAUGUCAAGGACCAGCUGCUGGCUGCCAAAGUGAGCUGCAACAGCCGGCAGAGCAGCAGCAACCACUACGAGGAUUGGCAGUGGGCCGGCAGCAAGCAUCAUCGGACGGCACCGGCGGAGUACAAGGCCCGCGUUUUGCGGCUGCUGCGGGACGCGGCAGCGCACUGCGACGAUGAGACACGGUUGCAGCGCGUGUUGCCUUACCUGGUGGCAGCCACUGCAGAGCCAUUAGCAGCGGUCAAGGUGGUGGCGCUGCGCGCCGUGGUGCGCGUGCUGGCACAGGUGCGUGGCGUGCCCCCUAGCGAGGCCAAGGUGUUCAACGAGUACGUGCUGCCCUCCCUGUCCCUGCUUCCCUCGGAGGCCGAGCUCAUGGUUGAGUAUGCCUCCUGCAUUGCCGAGCUGGCUGCCACUGCACAGGCCUUUCUGGAGCAAUUGCAGUGCCGCCGGCUGCAGCACGCUGCCAGCUCACCAACAGGCUCCACCAGCAGUUCCCCCGUGCUCAACUAUGAUGAGGAGAUGGCCCACCUGCGUGCUGGUGUGGAACGCGUUGUUCACGACCUUUUGGUGGGGCCGCAUCCCGAGACCAAGCUGGCGCUGCUGCCACACUUGACUCAGCUGGCGGCAUUUGCUGGGCGGCGUGAUACUGCUGACGUAUUGUUGCCCUCACUGCUCACCUUCUUCAACAGCCAGAGCUGGCAGGUACGCGCCGCCUUCUACGCUGCCUUUGUGGGUGUUUGCCCCAGCCUGGGACCAGAGGGUGUGGCGGCCAUCGUGCUGCCCUUCCUGGACCGGCUGGUCGGCGAUCCCGAGCCGGCUGUUGCGGCAGAGGCGCUCGGCUUUCUGGCCUCAGUGGCACGACGGGGCCUGUUGCGCAAGCGGCACCUAUUGUUAGUGGCAAUGCGGCUGUGCAGCCGGCAGAUGCUGGGGCCAGGAGUGGCGACACCACUGCGUGCCGCGGCGAUUGACUUUCUAGCAGCUGCGGCGGGGCAGUUAUCCGAGGUGGAUGUGUAUGCGCAGCUGCUGCCCCUGGUGCUGCCGCACCUGGCUGCUGAACCACUCAGUUUAAAGGCUACCCUCCGGUGCCACCGAUACCUCGUUAUGGCCCUGUCUCCGGCUCGCCUCCUGGUCGACCCCCGCUACCUGCUACACGCCUCCUCCUACCUCUCUGCUGCAUUGGAACAGUCCAUGGUGGCCCAAGCAGCCGGGUUGGCGGGCCCCACGCAACCGGCUGCCUUUGACGGCGGCAGCGUGCGGGAUGCCAUGAGCGCAGCCCUGGCGGCUGGCAUGCCGGGGGGCAGUGGAACAGAUGGGGGCAUGGGCAGCCAGCAUGUGGCGCCCUGGUACCCACGUGGCGUGCUGGUGGCGCAUCUGGCUGAGCACAGAAAGUGUGUCAACCGACUGGCCGUGGCUGGUUGCGGUGCCUUUUUUGUCAGCGCUUCAUCCGACGAGACUGUCAAGGUGUGGGACUGUCGGCGUCUGGAGAAGGACGUCUCCUUUCGCUCCCGCCUCACCUACACUGCCCAGACGGGGCGCAUCACCUCGGUGACCGCCUGCCAGGACAGCCAGAGUGUGGCGUCAGGCAGCGCGGAUGGCAGCAUCCAUGUGUGGCGAGUCGAGUAUGCAGCACGGGCCGGCGGUGCACCAGAGCGCUACACAGGCAUUAUCAGCUGCCGCCAGGCGACCCCCGACGGCAGCGCAGUGCUGGACCUGGCGGCGUGGGCCCCCUCAAUGCUGAUCUACUCCACGCAGCAGGGGGGCCUGGCAGCAUGGGACCUGCGGGCAGGGCGUGAUGCGUGGUCGCUGCCGGCCUCGCCAGUGGCGGGAGUGGUGGAACGGUUUGUGCUGGACCCCGCCGCUCACAACUGGCUGCUGGGGGGCAGCUCUCGCGGCCAGUUGUCGCUGUGGGACCUACGCUUCCGCCUCCCCGUCAACAGUUGGCAACACCCGGCUGGUGCACCCAUCACAGCGCUGGCGCAGGCCUCGGCGCCGCUGCACCGCCUGGGCCUGUCUGCGGCAGCGGGGCCACUGGUGUAUGUGGCGGCGGGCGAGCAGGAAGUUGGGCUGUGGGACAUUGCGGACGCCAAGUGCCGGCAGGUGCUGCGCGUACUGCGUCCUGGAAAUAGCGAAACGGUGCGACGGCAGGCGCCCGCCGCGCUGGCACCUCAAGCUGCUGGCCUACUGCCGUCGCGAGGGCUGGACAUGAUGAGCCGCGCGCGGCAGCUGGCCAUCUCAGAGCUCCAAACGCCGCAGAGGCGGCGUGAGGGCUACCGGGCUCUGCUGCCCACCGCUGGCGGCCAGCUUUUGACGGCCGGCAGCGACCGUGCAGUGCGGUGCUGGGACUCGGGCCGGCCGCAGCAAAGCUACGUGGUGUGUGCCCCACCACCGCCCAUCCCCACCGCGCAAGUGGUAGGCACGGCGGCGGCACCAGAUACAGCGGCUGAUGCAUCUGCAGGCGGAGCCCCGUUGCUGGCAGGGGGCGAGGGAUCGCAGGUCAGCCUGGUGGAUGUGCCACAGUACACCUAUGCCAGCUGCAGCGUGCACGGCGUGCCGGUGGUGGAGGAGAGCUGCACUCUGCAGCGCAGUUCCAGCGGCGCAGCCGCCAGCGGUGGUGAUCGCGAGCAGCAUUUGGCACGGGUGGGGUGGGCAGAGCGAGCUGCCGCGCUGUGCCACCAGCUGGCAGUCACCGACCUGCUGCGGGUGGAGGCAAGCGAGCCGCUCCUGCUGUCGGCGGCGGCAGACGGCGUAAUCAAGGCCUGGCGGUGA